UAGACAGAAGAGAGAAGACGUUCGCAGGAGAGAAGUAGUAACUAUGGCAGUGCUAUCAGCUUCACGAGACUUCAGGAACAUGGAGCUUCAGAACUCUCUCAGCUCAAAAAAAAGUCCAGUCCACUUUGUAGAGGGGAGACAUUUAUCUAUCACGAAGGUUUAUAAAACCUUGACCAAAAAAAGCACGGAACUUAAUGAUAGUGGGAAGAAAAUGUUAGAAACCCUGAAAAAUAUGAGACCUCAUAGUUUCGAGCACAUUCAACAAGAGUUUCCAGUCCGCCGUCUACAGCACGUCACUGGCAAGUCCUCUAUGGAUGGAAUUUAUGAUGAGGAGCGUUUUAAGACAACAAUGCGGGACAUUCGUCCUGAAUUUAGAGACCUCUUAUUCUGGAGUGCAGAAAUCGCACCAGAAGACAUUAGGGAGGCACGCAAAGAGUCAUGCAAGGAAGCCAAGGAAGUUCUCCCAUCUUGGAUGGCUAAAAAAUACGGGAAAAAAAUCAAAUCUCAAUUUGCCAACUCUCCGGCAUUUGAUAAAUCUGCUUCACGGUAUGGCAACUUCAAGUUCUCCCUCCCGUUAUCUGAUCUUCUGUCUCUGUACCGGACUCAGCACUGUGGGGGUGAAAAGCCGCGGCUGAGAAUUCUGGGUACUGACCUGUACAAGCAGGAGAUUACGCAUUAUAUAUUGGUGCACAGCCCUGACCGGAGCCACCAGUUCAGGAACCUCUCAAAUGUUCCCACUGUCCAGCAUGGUUUUAUCUACCUGAAGGAUAAAACAGUGUAUUGGAGACCAGAAUCCACCUCGAUUUCUCUCAAAGUGAAGAUUGCUGAGGAUCCUGGUCCGAAGACAUGCCACCCACCCUGUAAAUUUUAUAUAGAGAACGGCUAUUGUAUUCAUCUCAGAGAUGAAGAGUAUAAGGUGCUAAGUGUGUGGAACCAUCUGGUGUUUGCCUUCCAUCUUCCUAAUCACGGUGGCUUGGAGAUCAAGAAAGAGCAACUUCUAAACAGCCUGACGGCCUGCGCUAUAGCGGAAUCACCUUUGAUCGAGGAGUAUAAACGGCUGGAGGAAAAAGAGGCUAAGGAUAUUAUCCGAAAAAUGAAGAGUGAUUUUAGGAGACAAAAAAGAAAGAGAAGUUCUCGAGCCCUGAACGGUCCGGCGAAGACCAGGCGUACUCAGGACCCACCUCCUCCAAGGGCCUACUUCCGGAUGACGCAACCUCCAGACUUGGUUUGUCUCGAGGUAGCAGAACCUGGAGCCGAUGGGUGACGGGGGACUGAAUUUAAAACAUCAUGGACCAGCUGGGCUUCAUUUGCUUGCAUGAGGAGUGUUGGAUUCCAACCACACCUGUGAUUGAUGAAGCCCCUCCAAAUCUCAUGGACAAUCUUCAUGUUGUAAUACUAAAAGCUAUCUCUUUAAUAAUUGCAAUCUAUAUUUGUAAAGAGUUAAUAAUAAAUGUUCACUUAGAUUAAUGGAA